AUGGUUAAAUUAACUCAAGUUGAAGACGAACAAGAAGCUAUUUUUCAACAACAAAGAGCAAGCGAAGCUAAAGAAGCUUCCAACACUGCAGAUGCUUAUGAUACUGAAUCUGAAUCUGAUUCAGAUGAUGAUGACUUUGAUGAAGAUGAAACCAUCUAUGAUAGAAUCAUUGCCUUAAAAGAUAUCAUCCCACCAAAACAAAGAACCCAAGUCUCAAACAUCUUCUCAUCUACUUAUUCCACCAUCCAUUCUGGUGUUGCCAAAGCUGGUAACUUGACAUGGAUCUUAACAACCAGUGCAUUAUUACUCGGUGUCCCAUUAUCCUUAUCAAUCUUGGCUGAACAACAAUUGAUGGAAUUAGAAAAAGAGUUCAAACUACAACAAGGUGCCAAUGAUAUUUUAGCCCCAGGUUCAGAACAACAACCUGGUGCCCCAGCUCCAGCUACUGCUUAA